AUGGUUACGUGCGAUGCCGGGGCUUAUGGUGCUGAAACUACCAAGGGCGAGCCCGUUGUGAAACCGCACCGGUGGAUCACCAACUCCGACUUCCUGGCGGACAACCUGUCGAGAAGGAUGACUGCCGAGCAGAAGCAGUACUGCGUCACGAUCAAGGGCAACGAGACCGAACGCUCGGGCGCUUACUGCGACGGCCUUGUCGACGCCGUCCUGAACGGCAUCUACCAAGAGGCGAGAAGGAGGAACCCGGCACGCUUUACCAAAAAGGCCUAUGAGGUGAUGUUCGCGCGACCUGUCCCCGAUGCCGAGGCAUGGAGGUCACUGCUGGAUGAGGUGGAGUCCCGCUUCACGAACAGCAACAAGAAGCCGUUCACAUUGCCCGACAACGACCCCAUGCUGAAAGCCAUCAAGGAGUUGGUCCCCUGGGAGAUUACGCGAGCUCAAGCUGCAUGGCUACCACUUGCUCGACGACUACCUCAAGAGUUUCCUCACACUCACCGCGGAGCCGCGCUGAGGCUGACCUCCGGCGACUUCCAACUUGAGGCCGAGGACUUGUCGUCCAUCAAGUACCCCAAGCAGCGCUACCAAAAUCCAGUGCGCGUUGCGGUGUUCUUCUUCGGCUUUCCAAAGACCAAGGCCGAGCUCCCUGAACAAGAUCCCGGAGUACAAGAACAGCCGCCGCCCCUGCCAGGUGAUCAAGCCGAAGCUGCACCUUCUCAACGUCAACUUCGACUCGCCGGCUUUGACACUGAGAUUUGGUUCGAAGAUCCGCCUCGAGAGGUUGAUCGCAAGCUUCAAUAUUCGUUGGGGCGGCUCCACGUCAACAUGGGCCACGUCCUUCAGUCCGACGUGGUCUACCUCCGGAUGAUUAAUGGCGAGAAUACGGACCCCGGCGGCGAGUUCGGUGGCAAAGUAACCACGUUCCACAUGCGCCACGGCGUCCUGCGCGAGACGGUUCCUGCCGAAGCUCACUUCCGCAUCGGCAAGAUCGAACGGCGCAACGCCUUGAUGAGGAGCCUCGUCGAACGCGUGGUUGACGAACGUGGUCUCGACCAGUGCUUGAUUGCCGUGCUGCGCACCAUCAAUUCACCUGGUGAGCGACCCCUUCAGCCUCCGGGCCUGAUGCGACCCGAGAUCCUUCGAGCAGAGGCUAUGAAAGCCCUUGCAGAGCACACCGCCAGCUCAGCCAUACGCAGAGCGGUGCUGAGGAAGGCUCAUCACCAACAGAACCUUCGAGACUUGCAGCCCGGCCAGGCAGUUGCGUUCUGGCGGUGGUCUGGAAGGUUUGUCUCCCACGAUCCCGACAACAAGUCCGUCUGGCUUCAAGUCAACACCACCACCGUGAAGGUUGCGAACAAUCAGGUUCGUGUGGCCUGUGGAUGGGAAGAGUGGACACCCUCUCCAGAGGACAUUGCCAUCCUCAAAGACGCUGAGCGAAACCUCCGCGACAACCUCUGGGAAGAUCAACGAGAAGAGCCUCCCACAGCAUUGGAAGACGCAACGGCAGAGCUGGCUGGUCAACUUCCUGCCCGACCUGCACCUCUACCUGUUCGCGAUCAAGAUUACUGGCGAUACGUCGACAACCGCUUCAUCCGCGUCCACGUGGUUCCCCGCUACGAGCUGUACAUCCCCGUGCCGGGCGACUGCGACUUCAACGUGGACGACCUUGCGGACGCCAGGCAGACGCACAUCCACGAGCACGAGGAGCAACCCGAAGAAGACCAGUGGCGAGACCCCAGGUGCGCAAGAAGCUACAAUGAGGCCUGGACCGGUACCGCAACCUUCUUUCGGAAACAACAUCCUGCAGAACAACCUCGCGCUCUUCGAAUGCCUACGUCGUCCGCUCUGCAACAACCUCACGACUACCUGCUCAACGGCAAGUUCACUCACGAGGAGCUGGAAGCGGUGACGGACCGAGGUUCCAGCAUCACCAGGAGCAGUGCCAUCUUCACCGGUUCCACCUACGCCUCGAGGCAGACCAAGAUCACGUACACCGUCACGGAGGACAAAAGUGUGCCAGAGACACCUCCCUUUAGCGCUCCGGCACCUGGAACUCCAGCUCAACCAGACGUACCACCUUUGAGUGCCACCGCCUUAGACGAUGGCCUGAGCAUGGUUCCUGUGACAAGCACGCAACCUGCCUCAGAGGGCACGGCAAGGGCAAGCACCGACGCACCACCUCCACAACAAGAGCAGCAACUACCACAGCUACCUCAGAAACGCGCAGCUGACGUGCUGCUAAGUGGCAUCUUCGAACUUUGUGUCGAUGACUUCGGCGAGGCAGUCCUGCAGCGUGCCGACGAGACCGUGGACAUGCCCAUCCCGUUUCACAACGAGACCUACUACAAGGCCUACUUAGCCAGCAAGCAACGCGUCAACGACCUCAAGAAGGACGGCGUCAACGAAGACCCAACACGAGAGGACGCUUCCUCUUCUGAAGACGAGAGCAAGACAGUGUCUAACAACAGGACACACACCCGCCAAGAGCUCAAGCAACUGGACAGAGAGCUGCCCUGGAAAGAGCUCACUUCGCAACCACGUGCCCAGUACGAGAAGUACCUCGAGUCUGUCCGUACCGAGGAGGACAACUGGAUGCGAUGGGGCGGGAUUAAGCCACUUUCUCAUAAAGAGGCUGACAAGAUCCUCAGUGAUCCCAAGCUCUCCAAACGAGUGCUCAAGUCCCGGGCGGCGUACCGAGACAAGAACAAGGGCCUGGGAGAAGUGACGGCCAAGUGCAGAGUGGUCCUGAUUGGAUGCAACGACCCCGACAUCUUCAAGGUGACCC